AUGGCUAGUGAAAGCAGCGCAUGUGAAACAUCGGCGCACAGCGCGAUCGAAUGCGUCAAAGACAAUGAGAGCUCAUCACCUGACGUCGACGUGCUUCGAGCAAACAUCACCGAUGAACGUCACGCCUGCAGCUGGGUAGAAGACUACGGCUUGAAGACGAAUACGUCAUGGGUUGUAGACUUCGUCAAGCCAACAGCAAAGUGUGAAAGGAUGGUGUUCCACAAAGUAUGGCGCUGCAAAGAGGCAAAGCGGGAAAAAAUCAUGGGUGAGGCUGCAGCACACUGUCCAGCAAAGAUUGACCUCAAAAUCAAGAAGGUCAACAGAAAUACAAAACGUAAUGAUGCUUUUUUACGUGGGGAAAAGCCACUGCCAGCUGUGAUAAAGCUCUUUCAUCACAAAAACCACAGCCACAGCACUGCAGCAGCAGACGCACUUUCUCGUCUUACUCCAACAAUGCAGACCAGAGAGACCUUUUCGGCAUACUUUGACAACGGCAUGUCACCAGCUGAAGCCAUCAGGCUUCACGAGAGCAAACUGCUUGUGCAAGAAGAUGGGUAUGCUCUCGUUGCCAACUCUGCAGUGAACCCAUUGCCUCCUGCCAUAUACUACUGGCACAGGCUCUGGAGAGAAAAAAAACUUGGUAAGGAUGUAGACCCCCUCUUAAAAAUAGCUGAGAAGAUGCCACUCUAUGCUAAACAUGAUACUGUGGCCGUGCAGCAGCUUCGACAAUUUCAGCGCCUCGCCGACCAAAGCACCGAAUUCCUCUGGGCUCGACAAUUGCCGGUGCUACGCACAGGCGUCGCCAAAAAAGUAACCGACCUAAAGCCGACAGUUCACGUGCCUGAACAGAUCACCGUGCCUCCCGACAUCCUCCGGACUUUAAGCGUCGGGCCCAAGUUCGCGGUGGAACCUAAGACGUCUCCACCGGAACUUCUAGCCAUCGUGCGACAAGUUUCGCGCCAUGUGCCCGAACAAGAGCAACCACGCUCCGUCUCAGAAGGCGUCGACACCGUUUCGCGCUACAGACCAGCUGGAUCCAAAAUUCCUCUCAGGAGAGUUGAGGCUUUUCUCAAGGAACACUCUCUUACCGUCCUUCCAGCUGAUAAGGAAGGAGGCUUCGCUAUCCUGACUCUGGGACUGUUUGGUUCUAAGGCUCACACUGCCUCGACGUGA